AUGAAAAGAAAGUUGAUUUCUCAAAGGUUUCCGGUGAAAAAAAAAACGAAAAACGUCUCAGACAAGAAACAGUUUGGUCUAGAACAUUUCUUUAAAAAACAGAGUGAAGUAGUCGCAAAAGACGACGUUAAGACUCUAACGGCAGCUGAAGAACAUUUAGUUUUGGACGAAGCAAAUUUAGAAAAGGACGGCGAUAAUGCACAAUUGAAUGAGACUUCCGAUAGCAAUGAGGUAGAAGAAACAAUACAAGAAAAACCAAGUGCUUUUCAUAGUCCACCAAAAAUUGGGUCAGUAUUUGCGAAUGGAGAAAUUACCUUAUCUGGAAGUAGUCAUUCGCUGAACAGCGGUAGCAUUCAAGUCCAUGCUGGGACUGCAAACGUCAUUUCAGUUGAUAAGAACAUUUUGGAGUUUGAUCCAUCCCAAAUUGAAUGGAAUUUUCAUAAAACACCUUACCAAUUCUUGACCAACACAUUUUCCCUUGUUGACAAAACUAAAAGUCGAAUUAAAAUUGUUGACUACUUGACAAAUAUGUUACGCACUAUUAUAUAUCAUGAUCCAGAGAACGUUUUACCAACCGUGUGGCUUUUGUCAAAUUCAUUAGCUCCACCAUACGAAGGAAUUGAACUCGGAAUCGGGUCACAGGUCUUGAUGAAAGCCAUCACUUCGGUGACAGCAUGUAAUUCAAAGACCCUAAAAAGUUACUAUAAUCAGCACGGAGAUUGGGGAGAUGUUGCUUACAUGGCAAAAGUUUCAAUUCGGACUCUGAUGGAACCUAAACCUCUGACAAUCGAUUUUGUUUAUAAUACUCUACGUUCCAUAUCAAGAUUAAAAGGCUCCGGGGUUGUAAAUCAAAAGACCGAGUUGGUCAAGAAGCUUUUAAUUUCAUGCAACGGGGAAGAAAUCAGAUAUUUGACCAGGACGUUAAUACAGAAUCUGCGAAUUGGAGCUUUAAGAACGACUUGUUUAAUUGCACUCGCGCGAGCGUUUUGUCUCACCAGGCCACGCGGCAUGAUUGCAUCUGACGAGCGAGAUUUUCCGCUUAACGUUGACGUUAAAAGGGAUUCGAUGGAAACCAUCAAGUCAAAACUGAGGUCAUCAGAAAACCUCUUAAAAGAGUGUUACGCGCAAUUCCCUAAUUAUAAUGGUAUCGUCAAAUGCUUAUUGGAGAAUCCGAUUGAUACAUUAUUAGACAUUUGUCACUUGACUGUUGGUGUACCUCUCAGACCCAUGUUGGGUAAAAUCACGCAAGAUUUAGCACAAGUGUUUAAAAAAUCGGAAGGAAAAUUGCUUAAUUGUGAAUACAAAUAUGAUGGUCAACGUGCUCAGAUUCACAUGGAUCAGGAUGGUAGCGUUACAAUAUUUAGUCGUCACUUGGAGAAUAUGACGGGAAAAUUUCCAGAUAUAGUUCAAAUAAUACCUCGAAUUUGUUCUGACAAUGUCACUUCAUUCAUCAUGGAUGGGGAAGUGGUUGCAAUUAAUUCUGAUGGGCAGUUACAAAACUUUCAAAAGUUGUCGAAUCGAACGAAAAAGAAUGUUGAGUUAUCGAAAAUUUCAGUGCCCGUCUGCGUUUUUGCAUUUGACCUCAUGUAUUUUAACGGGCAGUCAUUGUUGAAAUCAUCCCUUCGGCAACGUCGCGAUCUUUUGCAUGACAAUUUUGUAAAAAUCGAUGGUCGAUUCGAUUUCGUGACACAAAUAGAGUCAUCGGAUCCUGAAGAGGUUCACGCUUUCUUUAAGAAUUCGACAGAAUUUGGAUGCGAAGGAAUAAUGGUCAAGGUAUUGGAUGAUAUACAAUCGAGUUCAGAAAACCGCCAAAGAACGACUCUGUUAGCCAGCUAUGAACCUGACAAAAGACUUGAAAGUUGGUUGAAAGUAAAGAAAGAUUAUAUUAAUGGAAUUGGAGAUAGCUUGGACGUCGUGCCAAUCGGGGCUUGGCAUGGCAACGGCAGAAAGGCUCGAUGGUGGAGUCCUGUUCUAUUAGCGGUUUAUAAUCCCGAUGCCGGAACAUUUGAAGGUGUUUGUAAGUGCAUGUCAGGAUUCAGCGAUCAAUUUUACACGGAAAUGAAGCUUAAUUAUUCCAAAGAAAAUGGAAACAUUUUGGAGACAAAAAAAUCCUAUUUUGAUGUAGAUGAUGCAAUAAGGCCAGACGUUUGGUUCGAACCCCAGGAAGUUUGGGAAGUCAAAGGUGCCGAUAUAACGAUCUCACCGAUUUACAGAGCGGCGGUUGGUAAGGUGGAUUAUAAUAAGGGCUUGUCUUUAAGAUUUCCAAGAUUUGUGAGAGUCAGAGAAGACAAGUCAGUAGUAGACAUUACCACGAGUGAACAAUUGGCAGAAAUGUUCUUUAAUCAGGCAAAUGAACGGAAAAUGGAAAAGAAUACAAUUAUCAAAGACAUGAGUGAGGAGAAUGGUGAAAGUGAAGGGAAUGAUUAUGCAUCAAGUUAA